AUGGCACUUCUAGUCGCAACUUCAGCUAUAAAAGCCGUAGGGCUCGUAGGUUCGGGCUUUUGGCUUAUUCCACUGCUCAUGGCAGCUAUGAAAUAUGCGAGAUACGACAAAGUUGACCCAGAAUCUCAUCCCAUAGAUCAAAGACAUCUAAAUCGCGAGUACGAUUUUGUUAUCAUAGGCGGAGGCUCCGCCGGUGCCGUUUUAGCUAAUCGUUUAUCAGAAAUUAAAAACUGGAAUAUACUGUUACUAGAGGCCGGAGGCGAUGAAAAUGAAAUUUCGGAUGUGCCCUCGCUGGCCGCAUAUCUUCAACUGACAAAAAUUGACUGGCAAUACAAAACAGAACCUCAGACGACUGCGUGCUUAGGAAUGGUCGGCCGAAGGUGUAACUGGCCCCGUGGUAAAGUACUAGGAGGAUCAAGCGUAUUAAAUUAUAUGCUGUACGUCAGAGGGAAUCGUUACGAUUAUGAUCAUUGGCGAGACCUGGGCAAUCCGGGCUGGGGAUACGAACACGUAUUGGAAUACUUCAAAAAGUCAGAAGAUAAUCGUAAUCCAUAUUUACAAAACUCAAAGUAUCACAAUAAAGGAGGGUUGCUAACAGUUCAAGAAUCGCCAUGGAAGACGCCGUUGGUCGCUGCAUUUGUAGAAGCAGGGACUGAAAUUGGCUAUGAGAAUAGGGACAUCAACGGUGAGUAUCAAACUGGCUUCAUGAUUGCACAAGGUACUAUUAGACGAGGCAGUCGAUGCAGUACUGCAAAAGCCUUCAUUAGACCGGCAAGAUUAAGAAAAAAUCUGCACGUAGCUUUGAGAUCACACGUAACAAAAAUGAUUAUCAACCCUAUAACAAUGCAAGCGCAUGGUGUUGAAUUCAUUAGAAACGGAGUUAAGCAGGUUGUUUAUGCUAAGAAGGAAGUGAUACUCUCGGCAGGUGCGAUCAGUUCUCCACAACUCAUGAUGUUGAGUGGUUUAGGGCCAGCAGAUCACUUGCGAGAGCUUGGAAUCCCUCUGCUUAAAAACCUGUCAGUUGGAGAUAACUUACAAGAUCAUCUAGGAUUUGGAGGAAUUACUUUUAAUGUUGAUAAACCUAUCUCCAUAGUUCAAGACAGGUUUCAAGCGAUGCCGGUUACAUUUCAAUACGUCCUAAAUGAGCGAGGUCCUAUGACAACUUUAGGUGGCGUCGAAGGCUUGGCAUUUGUCAAUACCCCUUAUGCAAACAAAUCUGGUCUUUGGCCCGAUGUGCAAUUUCACAUGGCUCCAGCUUCUAUUAACUCCGAUGCGGGAACUCGAAUUCGCAAGGUUUUGGGAUUGACUGAGGAAAUUUAUGACAAAGUUUUUCGUCCUAUCGCUAAUAAAGACAGUUGGACGAUAAUGCCUCUGUUAUUAAGGCCAAAAUCGCGUGGGUGGAUAAGAUUAAGAAGCAAUAAUCCUUUGGAAUAUCCAAGAAUUAACCCCAAUUACUAUACACACCCUCACGACAUACCGGCCAUCGUUGAAGGCGCAAAGAUUGCUCUCAAAGUAGCCGAGCAGGACGUUUUCAAACAGUUUAACUCUCGCCUGUACAUGAAACCCUUGCCAAAUUGUAAGCAACACAAAUUUCUUUCUGACGACUACUUGGCGUGCCAGGCAAGAACGAUAUCAAUGACGAUUUAUCACCCUGUGGGCACGUGCAAAAUGGGCCCUUCGAGUGACCCAACGGCCGUCGUAGACCCGCGGCUUCGUGUCUACGGAGUCCGCGGUUUGAGGGUGAUCGACGCGAGCAUAAUGCCCACGAUCGUCAGUGGCAACACCAACGCGCCGGUUAUAAUGAUUGCCGAAAAGGGGGCCGAUAUGAUCAAGCAAGAUUGGCUAACGAACGGAUAUCGAUGAGAAUCCCACGUGACACACAA